AUGUCGUCGUCACGGCUAUCUGUUGGUCCACGACGUCGCAGACGCGUCGAAGACGAUUCGGAUGAAGAUGAUCGCUCUGUCAGAGGCACAACACCCUUUUCGCAAUCAUCAAAUGGCAGCAAACGGCCCCGAAUCGAAGCGCCCGAUGAGACUGAUAACAACGCAAGCCAAAAUGAGGAACACGAUGAAGACGACGCAGAUAGACCGACGCAAAAGGUCCCAUUGACCAGGGCGGGGCUGCCUGAUGGCUACAGCACACACGGCGAUUUCCAACCUGGUGCAAUCGUCCGGAUCAAGUUGAAGGACUUUGUCACGUAUACAUCUGCCGAGUUUUUUCCAGGUCCGAAACUGAACAUGGUCAUCGGCCCUAACGGGACGGGCAAGAGUACUCUCGUUUGUGCGAUAUGUUUGGGUUUGGGCUGGGGACCUCAGCACCUUGGACGUGCAAAAGACGCCUCGGAAUUCGUGAAACAUGGCUGCAAAGAAGCAGUCAUCGAGAUUGAGCUCGCGCGCGGCCCUCCAUUCGAGUCGAACCCAAUCAUUCGUCGAACUAUCAAGCAUGACGGCAAUAAAACCAGUUUCACCAUCAAUGGCAAAGACGCAAACAAAAACCAAGUCCAGAGAGUAGCCAGGACGUUCUCUAUCCAGGUUGACAAUCUCUGCCAGUUCCUUCCACAGGACAAAGUCAGCGAAUUUGCUGCUCUUUCUCCCGUGGAGUUGUUACAUUCGACUCAAAGAGCUGCUGCAGGACCACAAAUGAUUGAAUGGCACGAUUCUCUCAAAACGCUAAGGGCCGAGCAGAAGAAACUUCUCCUAGAUAAUAAAGGCGACCGGGAUCACCUCACAAACUUGGAAAACCGUCAAGAAUUACAAAGAGCGGAUGUCGAAAGAAUGAGAGAGAGAGCCCAAAUCAAAAGGCGCAUUGAAAUAAUGAAGCUUUCUCGCCCUUAUGUGGUAUACACGGAUUAUCUCGUUACUUUUAGUGAAAUUAAAGAACACCGAGCUCGACUCGAAAGGGAACUACAAGAGUUGAAAGACGAGCUGGCUCCUGCUUUGCGAGCAGUCAACGAAAAACAGGAUUAUUAUGGCAAGACGGACGACAUGGUGAAGUACAAGCGCCAGAAGUUUAAUAGGGCAGAAUCCACCACUACCGAAAUUGCGAAUAGGAUAGAAGCACACGAGGAUGCGAUAAAAGAUCUUGCUGCGCAGAUCGAAGCAGAAAAGAAAACUGGCUCGAGCCACCAGCAAAAUUUAUUCAAAGUGCAACAGUCGAUCAAUCGUAUCACGCGACAGAUGGAGGAAGAGCCGGAAGAUUUUGAUAUCGAUUACUACAAUGAGCGUAUUCGAUCAUUGACCAGAGAGAUGAGAGAUCUUGAAGCUAAAGGCGAAGAUUUAAGGAAUGGUCGCCGGCCAAUCUUUGGGAAACUACAGGAGAGGAAGAAUCGGAAGCAACAGGCAGAAAACGAGUUGGAAAAUCUUGAUUCUCAGAGCGGACAGCAAGAGGCUCGACUAAAGAAACUUUCUUCUGAUACGCACAAAGCCUACCAGUGGAUCCGAGACAACCAGGAUCAAUUUGAAGCAGAAGUGUUUGGACCAGCGCUGGUAACAUGUUCGAUUAAGGAUCCCAAAUAUGCCGACGCACUCGAGACUCUUUUGCAACGAAACGACCAUCUAGCUUUCACUACCCAAAGCACGAAAGAUUUCAGGACUUUGCAAAAAGCUCUGAAUGGCGAGCUGCGGCUACAUGAUGUUAGCAUCAGGAACUGUACAACUCGGUUAAACGAUUUGAAAUCGCCCCUUUCAGAUAACGAACUACACGAUCUAGGGUUUGACGGUUGGGCUAAAGACUACCUAACAGGCCCUGAGCCUGUCAUAGCCAUGCUCUGCAACGAACAAUUCCUCCAUCGGACCCCAAUCGUUCUCCGAGACAUAUCAGAUCAAGAAUAUGCCCGGAUGGAAAAGAAUACGGCUAUCAACAGUUGGGUCUCCGGGAAACGAUCAUACAAAGUGAAUAGAAGGCGAGAGUAUGGUCCUGGAGCGACAUCCACGCAAGUGAAAACAGUACGACCAGCAAGGAUAUGGACGGACCAGCCGGUAGAUGUCUCGUUGAAGCAAGAGUUGCUAGACGUCAUCUCUAGCUGCAACGACGAAAUAAACGAAAUCCAACAGGAGAUCAAUGCCCAGAGGGCCAAGGCAGAACUUCUCAAGGAAGAAUUCAAAGCCAAGGAGAAAGAAAAGGUCGGACUUGAACAAGAGAAAUCGAACAAACAAACGGCACUCGUCAAAUUCAGGGCGCUACCAGAAAUGCUUAACCAAGAACAGGAGAAAAAACGAGAUGCGCAGGAAAAUUUCGAACAAGUUCGUACCCGCGUGUUAGAGAUCCGCAGCAAACAGGAUCAAACCGCAAUUGAAAAAGCGGAGACUGCUGUUGCCUAUGCGGACGCGGUAGAAUCGCUUCGCAAGCUUCAUCAAGAUCUUCUACUCGCAGAAAUUCGAAAUAUCGAAGCCUUUUCGGACUUUGGCAAUGUCAAGGCCCGCAAUGUCGAAAUUCAAAAUAUCCUUGAAUCCAAGAAAGAGGAGGUCAAAAAGGCUUCAGAGGCACAGAGAGAGUCGGCUAAAACUGGACUUGCAUACCAACGACAAGCAACCGAAGCCAUAGAACUUGCAAAAACCCAACCAGAUCUAAAGGAGCUGCUCGAUUCCCACCAUGCCCACGUCAUGACCGUGGAUCAACUCGAUGCCGAUAUCGACUCGGAGAAAGCACACCUUGAGCUAACCCAUGAAGGCAGUGCUGGUUUAAUCAAAGAAUUCGAAGAUCGGCAAAAGGCCAUCGAUAAGCUACAAAACAAACUAUCAGCAUACCAAACCAAGCUCGCCGACAUUGAAUAUGCCAUAGCCGAGAUUCGGGAUGAAUGGGAACCUAGACUAGAUGCCCUUGUUGAGAAGAUAUCUAGCGCGUUCUCGGACUCUUUUGCACGGAUUGGCUGUGCCGGCCAGGUCACCGUAGACAAGGUGGAAGAAGAGCCCGGGCCAAACGGAGAGAAAGGCCGCAGUGAUUUCGACCAAUGGUCGAUCCAGAUCCAGGUCAAGUUCCGUGAACAUGAAAACCUAUCAAUUCUCGAUUCACAUCGACAGUCUGGAGGUGAACGUGCCGUCAGUACCAUCUUCUAUCUGAUGGCCCUUCAAUCCCUGUCGGCGUCUCCGUUCCGUGUUGUCGACGAGAUCAACCAAGGUAUGGAUCCGAGAAAUGAAAGGAUGGUCCACGAACGGAUGGUGGAUAUUGCAUGUGCACCUCGUAAGCCCGCCGAGGGCAGUGCUGACGGUGUCGGCGGCACUGGAGGAAGCCAAUAUUUCCUCAUCACUCCGAAACUGCUCAGUGGGCUGGUGUACAAGCCUGGCAUGAAAGUCCUGUGCAUUGUCAGUGGUGAACAUGUGCCUUCUGAUUACACUACGAUCGACUUUGGCCGAGCUGUCCAAAAUAUGAGCAGGAUAUCCGGCAUACCAGUGAGGUCGGCAGUGAAUGGGAUCACCAACGAUAAAGGAAAAGGCAGAGCCAUGGACAAUACACGGGUUCGUUCCAGGGUUGGUGUGCGCGCUUGA